GCGGAAAAUACCCUUGCAACACUGUGCGCUGUGACUCCCUGCACUCGUUCUUUCUGCCCUUCGUAAUGGCUCAAGCGAUACUCAGUAUUCCAGUUCUCUCAGCAGUCAUCACGACAACUACCGUUAAAUUGUCAAAAUCAUUGCUCAAUUCUUCAUUGCUUCAUGGUUAUGGUCGCGGUAUCUGUUGUUGUUCGUCAGCCGUAACUGUUUCACAACAGCAACAACGACAACCGCAAGUCCGGAGCCCUCAAUUGGUCGCAUUGGAGUAUGCUGAUCUCAGUAUUCCACAUAUUGUAUCGGAGGAGUUGGGUGCUACUCGGGUGAGGCAACAUGUUAACCCGCUUAGCUCUACAUUGUCGAUUCCUGUUGAAGUGCCGAACUGGAAUGAUGUAUUUGAACACCCAAAGUUGCCUCUAGUGGUGGACAUUGGUAGCGGUAGUGGCAGAUUUCUCAUGUGGCUUGCCAAGAGAAAUCCUGGUUCCAAGAACUAUAUGGGUCUUGAUAUACGGAAAAAGUUGGUGACACGUGCUGAAAAAUGGGCGAAGGAGCUGGCUCUUAGUAAUAUACAUUUUCUCUUCGCAAAUGCCUCAAUUUCCUUCAAGGAGCUCAUUUCAACAUACCCUGGGCCUUUGAUGUUGGUUUCAAUAUUGUGUCCGGAUCCUCAUUUCAAGAAGAGACACCAUAAAAGAAGGAUUGUGCAGAAGCCUCUUGUGGAGGCAAUUGUGAGUGGUUUAAUGCCCGGAGGACAGGUGUUUAUACAGUCUGACGUGUUUGAAGUUGCAGUCGACAUGCGAAAGUAUUUUGAUGCAGAGUCGGAGAAGCUUGUCCACAUUGACAGCGUUGACUCCAAUUUGGUCUGCGAUAGCGAAGGAUGGUUAGUGAGUAAUCCAAUGGGGAUCAGAACUGAAAGAGAGAUCCAUGCAGAAUAUGAAGGUGCAAAGAUUUACAGAAGAAUGUAUCAAAAACCAUCGUAGUUAUUUUUGCCAACAAACACGGCUUAGUCUUCGGAUGAUCGAGUCUUCUGAUUGUGAAAUCAGCAACAAGAGAGGCUCAAGAUCUUAAGGAGUCAAAAGGUUGGAGCACACAUAAUCAAUAGUUUGGUUUGGAAUGUGGCCGCAUGCGAUUGGGGUGUUACAGACUGAAGGAGUUGCAGGUUGAAACUGAAAACUGUUAUCAUA